AUGGCCCUGCGCCAGAACAAACGAUCCUUUGCGGAUUAUAUCUCCAACUUUGAGAUGCUGGCUGCGGACGUGGGGUACAAUGUGGUCACCACCACCAAUGACAAGGGCGAGUACAAGAAGGGGGAUCAGGACAACAUCCUCAUCAAGUUCCUCAAGCGCGGGCUGAGCAGCAAGAUCGCAAGUCGCCUCUACAACACUGGUGUCCCUUUGCCCAAGAUGUAUGGUGCCUUCAAGGACUGGUAUGUCAACAUCGAGGCAAACUCUCUGCGCAAUCAGCUGCGCAAAGCAUCGCAUGGGCACUCCACGCCACGACCACCUCCCCAAUUUCGCCCUCAGGCAGCCCCAACAACGCCUGCACCUGCUCCAACCCGACCCACUGCCAACAAACCGGUUCCGAUGGAAAUCAAUUGCACCCAUGCCUGGGGCCGCAGUAUCAUUUGUUACAACUGUCAGCAGCCUGGGCACAUCGCGCGGAACUGCCCAGAGCCAAGGAAGAAGCGCACGUUCUUCAAUAGGGCCACAAUGCUUGAAGAGAUCAAGAACGGGGACAAGGACAACAAGUUCCUGAAGGAGAUUGCUGAGAAACUGCGCGAGAAGGGUUUUUGA